AAUGUAUUUGUCAAUGGAACUCACAUAGGUGGCUGUGAUGCAACGUACCAGGCUUAUCAGGACGGAUCACUGCAGAAACUUCUUGGGGAUAGCAAAGAUACAGAACCCUAUGAAUAUGACCUCAUUAUCAUUGGUGGUGGCUCAGGUGGACUUGCAUGUUCCAAGGAAGCCGCUGCCUUGGGAAAGAAAGUAAUGGUAUUGGAUUAUGUUGUUCCAACACCUCUUGGAACCUCAUGGGGACUUGGUGGCACAUGUGUAAAUGUAGGUUGCAUUCCUAAGAAGCUAAUGCAUCAAGCAGCACUUCUGGGCCAGGCACUCCAAGAUUCAAGGAAAUAUGGGUGGCAGUAUGAAGAACAAGUUAAACACAACUGGGAGGUCAUGGUAGAAGCAAUUCAGAACUACAUUGGUUCUUUAAACUGGGGCUAUCGAGUGUCCUUGAGAGAAAAGUCUGUGACAUACCUCAAUUCUUAUGGAGAAUUCGUUGAACCACACAAAAUUAAGGUAUGCACUGCAUUUAAAAGACUUAAUUGGGAGGGAAAACUCGUGUUCUAAAACUGCCUUUUAAAA